AUUUUCUGACUAAAUCUCUAUCCCAAGCCUCUAUAUUUCACAGUGGCACCUUUUAUUUUUAUAAAAGUUCAUCUCAAUUUCCAUAGUUCAAACGCUAAAUUUCUCGUCAAGAGAUGCUCAAACUCGGUUCAGCGAUCGUAAAUCGGGCGCUAUGUCGCCAUAUGGGAGCAACUAGUAUUAGCAGUGAGCUAGUAAUAGCCCAUCCGGCGGCAAUAUUGGACACUAAGGACAAGGACAAGCCCAAGGAAGCACCGAAAGCCGAACCAGAAAUUCAAAUGAAUGGAGAAUUGCUCUUAAAUCAUGCCAUCCUUCAAUCACAACGCAAACCCCUUGAAGUCCCCACUGUAGUAUCUGGUGAGGAGUUCUUUACCAUGGACAUGCAAAAGGUAUGCUGUCCGCAUGAAAUUUCCGAGCACAUCGCACGUGUCUUUUAUGCAAAUCGUUGUCAAAUCGAAAAAGCCAUCAAGUCGUCGCUUGAUGCCCAAGGAAAUUGGAGUAUGGUGCCCGCUGAAGAACGUCUGGCAAUUUGGCGUAAAGCGGCCAGUAUUAUAGAAUCAGAUUUAAUGGAACUGAAAGUCCAUCUAAUAUUAUCUCUGGGCAAAACCGAGUCAGAUGCCUCCAAUGAUGUGUGUCGUUUGCUUAAUUCGCUGAGAUCCAAUUCCGACUAUCUAGAACAUUUAUCUCAACUGCGUUUUGAUAUUACGGGCGAAGUGAAUGUUUUUCCAAGCUUUUAUUUGCGUCCCUUAGAUGGUUUUGUAGCUGCCAUGUCUUCGUUUGAGUCAGUGGCUUUGUCAGCAGGCUUGGCUCUCAGCCCGGUGCUAAUGGGCAACACUGUCCUAUGGAAUCCGGCAUUGGAAGUAGCUUCGGCUAGUUAUUUGGUAUACAAGGCUUUCCGUAAGGCUGGCUUGCCCAAGGGUGUGCUUAAUUUUGUACCAUCCAAUGACCGUUUGUUCGUGGACACAAUCACGGAUUCUAUUCACUUUGCUGGCGUCAAUUAUCACGGCACGGCUGAGGGCUAUCGCCAUAUCCAUAAAUUGGUUGGCGACAAAAUGAAGCGUUAUAUAUGCUUUCCCCGCCUGGCGGCCGAAUGUCAAGGGACGAAUUUCCAUUUCGUUCAUUCCAGCGCCAAAUUGGAUGCCGUCUGCUCGGCCACAAUGGAUGCUGCCUUUAAUUUUGCUGGCCAAUACUCCACAUCCCUUUCCCGUCUCUUUGUGCCCUCUUCCCUGUGGCCGGAGCUAAAGGAGCGUCUUUGCCAUGCCAUCGCAGAAUUGAAAGUGGGCAAUCCCACGGCCAAGGAUACAAAAAUGGGUCCCGUUGUCAAUCAUCUGGCAUUUGAACGUCUUGAGAAAUUAAUUAAUCGCACCAAACUCACCCAUACGUUGGAAAUUUUAUGCGGUGGCAAUUGUGAUCGCAGCGUUGGUAAUUUCAUAACACCAAUCUUGGCCGUAGCUCAAGAUCCACUUGAUCCGCUGCUAAGCGAACCCAUUGGAGGGCCGAUUCUUCCAGUGUUUGUCUAUGCCGAUGAUGCUCUAACCGAUGCCCUCCAACUGCUGGCCCAUCAAUCGAAAUACGCUCUCUCCGGUUCGAUAUUUGCCUCACGCGAUGAAAUCAUUUCCCACUGUCUAAAGCACUUGCGCAUGUCGGCCAGUAAUCUGUAUAUAAAUGAACGUUGCACAGGCCAUCCCGAUGGCAUUCCACCAUUUGGUGGGAAUCGUUUGUCGGGCACAAAUGACAAAUCUGGUUCUGCCUAUUUCCUUAUGCGUUGGAGUUCGCCCAUGCUGGUCGAAGAGACUCUGGAUACUCCCAUGGCUGUGCCACUUUCCAUCGAGAAACGUACCUAGAGAGAAAAUAACAAGUUCAAUAUGUUUUUGUUUUUUACACAUACAACAAAUUUCACGUAAUAGUGACGGACACAAGGAACACUAAAGUUAGUCGAUAGUUUUUUCUGUUCCUUUCAGUUUUCUUUUGUUUUUUUAACCAUUGAGUAUUUCAAAAUUUUUUGCAUAAUAAAGUUAAGUUAAGAUCAGAUUCGUUAUAAGCA